AUUAAGGAGGCUGCGCCUCCGGGUUGCGCGAAGCGUCUAAGUCAUUUCUCAGAAACCUCUGAUAGGUGGGCCUGAGAGGAAGCGCCGCCGAGCACCGCCGGAAUCAGGAAACGCAUCCCUGGUUGUCCGCUUGCAGGAAUUUGCACUUCUCUGAGUGAAGAUGAGGAAGAGGCUAUGAAUCAGCCAAAAGGGCCUUGGAGUACGGCUUUGGCGUGAGACAGAGAUGGCUGGUGGAAGGGGGUGAACACCACCAGGGAAGAUGGCUCACCGCUUCGGUCCGGCUUAGUGCAGCCCCAGCUUCUGAGCCAGGCCCGCGGGGAUGUGCGCUUAGACACCAUGGACCGAGCCCACAGCGCAGCCCUGCAGCUGCAGCAGCUCCCGCCCACGAGCAGCGCCGACCCCGGGAGCCAGGGCUCCUUCUCCUACAAGGAAAACUUGAUCGGCGCCCUUUUGGCAAUUUUCGGGCACCUUGUGGUCAGCAUUGCACUUAACCUCCAGAAGUACUGCCACAUCCGGCUGGCAGGCACCAAGGACCCCCGGGCCUAUUUCAAGACCAAGACAUGGUGGCUGGGCCUGUUCCUGAUGCUGCUGGGCGAGCUGGGCGUGUUUGCCUCCUACGCCUUCGCUCCUCUCUCCCUGAUCGUGCCCCUCAGCGCAGUCUCCGUGAUAGCGAGCGCCAUCAUAGGAAUCAUAUUCAUCAAAGAAAAGUGGAAACCUAAAGACUUCCUGAGGCGCUACGUCCUGUCCUUUGUCGGCUGCGGCUUGGCCAUUGUGGGCACCUACCUGCUGGUGACAUUCGCACCCAACAGCCACGAGAAGAUGACGGGCGAGAACAUCACCAGGCACCUCGUGAGCUGGCCUUUCCUCUUGUACAUGCUGGUGGAGAUCAUUCUGUUCUGCUUGCUGCUGUACUUCUACAAGGAGAAGAAUGUCACCAACAUCGUCGUGAUUCUUCUCUUGGUGGCAUUGCUCGGCUCCAUGACGGUGGUGACGGUGAAGGCCGUGGCCGGGAUGCUGGUCUUGUCCAUCCAGGGGAACCUGCAGCUCGACUACCCCAUCUUCUACGUGAUGCUCGUGUGCAUGGUGGCCACUGCCAUCUAUCAAGCCGCGUUUUUAAGUCAAGCCUCCCAGAUGUACGACUCCUCUUUGAUUGCUAGCGUGGGCUACAUUCUGUCCACAACCAUCGCCAUCACAGCAGGCGCAGUGUUUUACCUGGACUUCAUCGGGGAGGACGCGCUGCACAUCUGCAUGUUUGCACUGGGGUGCCUCAUCGCAUUCUUGGGCGUCUUCUUAAUCACACGGAACAGGAAGAAGGCCAUUCCAUUUGAGCCCUAUAUUUCCAUGGAUGCCAUGCCAGGGAUGCAGAACAUGCAUGACCAGGGGAUGGUCGUCCAGCCCGACCUCAAAGCUUCCUUCUCCUACGGGGCCCUGGAAAACAAUGACAACAUUUCUGAGAUCUAUGCUCCGGCCACACUGCCCGUCAUGCAAGAGGAGCACAGCUCCAGGGCCGCCCCCGGCGUUCCCUACCGAGUCCUGGAACACACCAAGAAGGACAGCCACGAAGUCGUUCUGUGGUCUUCCUCUCCGUCUAGAGGCUGGGAUUCUGGUCUCCCUGAUCGGCUUUGACAAAAGUUCAGCGCCCCCUUCCCGUGACCCAUCCCAUGAAGCUGCAGGUCUGACGAUACCAUCCCAUGAAGCUUGAGGUCCGUGGGGGGUUUGCAGCAUGGAACUGGACGCUGGGUAGGGAAGGGAGGACUGACGUCUCCGUUACGUUUCCGGUGGAAACCAGCCAGCUUGAUGGUGCUGUGUGGAUACAAGUCAUCCGUCGGGGUGGCUGUGUGGAAUCCCCCCCCCCGCCCCCCCGCGGCCUUGUGAAUGCUAAACCUGGUCCAACACUGGCUGAUGAGCAAAAGGAACUGUGUUUCUCUGCGACGCUAUGUAAAUGAAGUCACCUUAGAAUAUAUUCUAUGUGGAUGCUUAUAUUUUGUUAACUUCUUGACUAAUAUGGCAUGUCUUAUUUUUAAAAAAAUGUGUGUGCUAGGUGCAAAGAGAAGUAUAAAGUGGUAUUUAAUUUUAAAACAA